AUGCAAAAAGGAAAAAAAGAUUGGAACACGAAGACCUGCGGAAAUGUCCAGUUCAGGAAAAUUUACGCAAAAAUAAGAUUUGUGUUAUUAAAAGUUUCGAAACGAACUUUUGGCGCCGAUCGUCUAAAAAUCUUUUUAAUGCCAAGCCUUAAACAGCCGGCAAAUGAGAAGAAUUCCUUCAAUAAUGUGCAGCAACACUGA